GAGUAGUGCUUGGAAAAUGGAUUUGUGUGAUUGAGAGAGUACUGUGGUGUAUAGUCUUUUGACUUUUGAACAAAAGAGUUAGAUUCAGUACACCUAAAAAGUGAAAUCUUCUUUUGUCCUCAUCUUUUCACACACCAAGAAUCAAUAACUAUCAUUAUGUACUUGAGUAAAUAAAUUGUGUGCUAUUUUUAGCGUGCGAAUAUACAUAUGGCCUCCAUCAGAGCAUAUCGUAUCGUGACUAAUUUUUUUCAGGUUUAAUUCGGGUUUUAGUGUGUAUGUUUCUUGAUUUAAAUCAGAACUAAAUCUGAACUGUUUAUAAUUCGAUCCUAGUUCGGUUUCAUAAAAAAAAAAAACACCGAAAAAAUUCAGUUAGAUCUAAACCAAUCCGAUCCAAAAUAUAUUGGCUUGUAGAUGAGUUCAAAACAUCCCAACCUGAAUAAGUCAAUUUGAUAAGGCUUAAUGAUAUAGUGUUGUCAUUGCUUGUUUUUGAAGUUUUGAAAUUUUUUUUCUUAAAGAAAAAAAAAAGACCACAAACUUUUUUAUUGCGAUAGUGUUCACUUACCUUGAAUAAAAUGUGGACGUUCAUCAAAUCAUCCACCAACUUUUCUUUUUGUCAACUUUUAUAUAAGAAAACUCUUAACAUGUGGUCGAUAUAAUAGUUUGAUAAUAUUUUUACUAUUAUUUUGUAGAUUUUAGCGCCUGACAGGAGAUUAUCAAGAAUAUAAAAACAUUGUCUUGAUUAGCGGUUUAAGCAGCCUGUUAUUAAUCAACGUAGCACGACAACGAACAGCUUUUUAAAAUAUCAUUAUUUUUGUUUCAAAUAAUCAGAAAGUUAGGUUUGAGUUGUUCGAACUACAUUGUUUUAGGGACUUAUGGAGGAAUUAAGACGUAGUGUGAACAACCAAUGAAAAAACAUUUGCUCCUGGUCAAACCAUGUCUGCUCUUUAAGAGUUAAGCCAUCACUAGUUAUGAACUAUAUAGCAAAAUUUUAGAUAGUAUUCAAUUUUUACAUUAAAAUGGUUAUGUUUCAUUUUCUCAAUGGGACCAUCAUAAAACCUAACUUCACACAGAUUGCAUAGACUGGUAAGAAAAAGAUGUGAAUGAAUCAUUAUUCGCAGAUGAUGUAUAGAUGGAGAGAACAACCAUUUUACAAGGCUGUCCACUUUUUUUUUUGCAUUAUAAUAAGACUUGUAAAAUUUAGUCCCUUAUUCUUUACAAAUGGAUGUAUAUGUAUGCAUAUUUGAUAAAAUAAUUUUAUUUCAAUCUUUUGUUUUUUAAAUUGAAUAAUGAAUAAUUAAGUUGCUUAGAGAAAAAAUUCAACAACACUAAGAGUCAUAUGCGAAUGUUGCUGUAUACAGUAAGAACCUAUAAAUAAUGUGAGGAUUAUGAUAAUUUAUUAAUUUAUAGAGUUAUUAAUUUAAAGAAUAUUAUAUUUUUAGAUUUAUAGUUUUAAAAUUAUUUAUUUAAAAGAUGAAAUAAUAUUUUGUUUCAUGAUGUUAUAUGUCAUUUAAACUUUAUAGAUUUAAAUUUCAUCUAUAUUAAUUAAUUAGUUGAUAUAUUUGAUGUAUACUGAAUAAAUAUAGUAGAACAUAAAUGUUUUUAUGUGUAAUUUGAUGAAGUAAUACCAAAAUAUUGAAAUGAAAAAUAAAAUUAGAGAUGAAAGUCAUUAUGAGAAUGAAUAAAUAGUAAAAUGCUUUGUUUAUAUUUAUAUAAAAUUUAUAUAUUUAGUAGUUAUUAAUUUAUUAUUUUAAUAAGACCAUAUAUAUAUUUAGUUAAAAGUUUUUUAAUUUAUUAUUUUAUUGAUUUAAAUCAUAUUUUACAUUGGCCUAAUUUGAGACUGGAAAUUUUUUUAUUUUAUUGUGUUAUAGGAUCCUAGAUGCAAUGUUUUUUGGCAAUAUUUUUUACAAAAAAAAAAAAUGUUUUUUGGCAAUACAGAUGCAAUGUUUCUUAUUAAAAAUGUUAACCGACGUAUAAUGUUCAUUAUUCACAUGCGAGUGUGAAUAUGAAAUCGCAUGCGUGCGCAGCGCCAACAAUAUCAUUCACUUGUCAGUUUAAAAUCAUGCAGCAAUGAUUUUCUUUCCGACGUAUCACAGAGUAUCGUGUUCACGUGGCGCCUAUAACGAUUUGCAUGUGUGAACGCAAUAUUUUCGAUUAUUUUUCAGAUUAAACAAAACAUAUAAAACUAUUAGAAUUCGUAAUCCUACGUUUAUUAUUCAAAGUGUCAAACCAUAUUUUAUACUAUCGCUGGUUAAUCAUCAUAGACCAUUUCUAAUAAAAAAAAAUAUCAUAUAACAUGAUUCAUAGAUGUUGGUCCACGCCCCAUAUCAUCCAUAGGACCUAUUCGCCUUCACCUACAACUACUAGUUCUAUUCGAUCCUGUGCAUCUCUCUCUCUCUCUAUGACUAUAUAUAUUACACGCACUUAAAUGGAAGUUGUAGGUGAAGAGAAUACAAAGAACUACUUCCUCCAUCAUCAUCACGAUGUCUGCUUCUUGCGACUCUGAUAGAGUAACGAGACAGGUAAUCAAGAAUGUUUUAGCAAAGCUUCAGAAAGAAGGCGAAGGUGCUCUCGUUAGGAACGGCAUCACAGAGAUUCACCAGGCGUUAUUGGACCCCUUCGUGCUGCUAGUUGAUUUUUCAUUUUCGCUUACAGCUGGAUUCGCAGAUCAUCCCCACCGAGGUUUUGAAAGUGUUACUUACAUGCUAAAAGGAGGUAUCAUUCACAAAUAUCUCAAAGGCAAUGAAAGUACAAUCAAAGCCGGAGAUGUUCAGUGGAUGACAGCAGGAAGAGGAAUCAUUCAUUCCGAGUUUCCAGAAGAAGAAGUCAACAAUGGCUUACAGCUUUGGAUCAACCUUCCUUCCAUACACAGAAUGAUCGAGCCAAAGAACCUAGAACUGUCAAGCUUAGAGAUUCCAAGAGCAGAGAAAGAUGGAGUAGAGGUCAAAGUCAUAGCCGGAGAUUCAUUGGGAAUCAAAUCUCCUUACUACACAACAACACCAAUAAUGUUCCUUGACUUUACCCUCAAGCCAGGGUCUCAAACCCACCAGACAGUUCCAGAAUCUUGGACCGCUUUCGCCUACAUUCUAGAGGGUGACGAGGGUGUGUUCGGUUCCUUGAAAUCUUUGGCUAUUCAGGCUCACCAUGUUGUUGUGUUUGGACCAGGGGAUUUAGUUAGCGUGUGGAACAAGUCAACCUCUAGGGCAUUGAGGUUUCUGUUAAUUGCAGGGGAACCGAUCGGUGAGCCUUUGGUUCAGUGUGGUCCGUUUGUGAUGAGUUCACAGGAUGAAAUAGAUAUGGCUUUUGAGGACUAUCGGAAUGCUAAGAACGGGUUUGAACUGGCUAAGAGUAGUUAGAGGUCACAUAGAAAAUAGUUUGUAAACAAAAACCAUACGAAUUUUUUUGGGUUUUUUUUUUCACAUUCAAGAUGAGAUCAAUGUUAGGGGAAUAGUAACAAUUCUCUUUUUCAGAAAGUUAAUAAGAUAUGUUCAUAUAUAACUUCAACUUCAUAAUUUUAAAUAAAGAUUUUGCUGAUAAA